AUGGGAGCUCAACAGUUCCAUCCUGAGGAGCAUAAAGAUCUUAUUACAAGGUAUUACACCUAUUUCUAUGCUUCUAUCAAUCUUGGUUCUAUUGUUGGUGUUGCCUUUAUCAUUGCAACGAUUGUUUUCAUUGGGGGUAACUUGAUGGGUCGUUAUGUCAAGCCCAAGCCUCAGGGAUCUGCUGUAUUGGAGAUCCUUAAGGUACUCUUCUUUUCUAUUACGAGGUGCUCCCUGGAAAAGAACAAGGAGUCCAAUGGAUGCAAAGGCACUCUUCCGAUUGGUGCCUUUAUUUCUCUCAUUAUACCUUUCGUGAUGGCUUACAAUAACAUGACGACAGCUUUCCUAACUCAAGGUAAAAAGAUGGACACCAACCUGUUCGGAUGGGAGAUGCCGGCUCAGAUGAUGCAGAACGUGGAUCCCAUUGCCGUGGUUUUGACUAGUGUUUUGGUUGAUACGGUGUUGUUCCCUUUUUUGAAGAGGCACAACCUAAUGCCACCAGUUCUGGUACGUUUCUGCAUUGGUUCAUUGUGUGGCGCGGCGUCCCUACUCGUGGCUCUUGGUGUGGAGUAUAUGGUUAUGUCGAAGCCUGUCUUCUCUGUCUCCAUUUGGUGGCAGAUUCCUCAGUUCUGGUUGAUUGCUGCUGGUGAGAUCUUCCUAAUUUCGACUUCUUACGAAGUUGCAUUCACCCAUUCUCCGGGAGCAUUGAAGGCAGUUGCUUCUGCAUUCAACCUUUGCUUCUUCUCUAUUUCUAAUGUUCUCUCGGCUGUCCUUUUCCAACUAU